AGGUUGGCUGCAAGGUUUGAAUAGGGAAGUUUACAGAGAGCCAGGUCUUGCAGUUAGUUCAGUGUUUGCAAAUAGAGUGGCAACAGUGGGAGAAUAGCGGUUCGGGAAACGGGAAGCAAAACAACAUUUAAUUGAUGUGCAGUUGCAUGUGGAAAAUACACCAAGUUCACUUGCUGUAAAAAAUACAGACAUUUGAAAUCGCCUGCAUCUUUUUGAUAUAUAGCCUGUAGAUAGUUACAUCUGGGAUUAAAAUGGAUGUUCUACCUAUGUGCAGCAUCUUUCAAGAGCUUCAGAUCGUUCAUGACACGGGGUAUUUUUCUGCUUUACCAUCCCUUGAAGAGUACUGGCAGCAGACGUGUCUGGAGUUGGAGCGGUAUCUUCAGAGCGAGCCGUACGUCUCUCCCCCGGACAUCAAGUUCGACAGCCAGGAGGACCUCUGGAGCAAACUCAUCUUGGCUUGCGGAGACAAAGGGGAGUCCAAUCCAAAGAUCCCGUACAUAAAAGAAGAGGACAAUCAGGACAGCCAAAUUUUGGAGACCAACAGUGUGAACUCUGACGCCAGCAGCGAAGCAUCGGACAGCUCCGAGGAGCUCUCCCCGACGCACAGCUUUACCUCCAAUCCCCUGAACGCCGUUCUGGUCAAUUCCGGACACUUGAGCUCUUCAAUCAUCAGCACUCCACCGUCCUCUCCAGAAAUCGGCACAGAGUCCUCCAUUCCACCGGUCUGGAGUGGCGUGCCGGCGGAAUUGCACUUGCCGGGCAAAAUCAGAGUCGGUGGCAUUGGAAAGACAGCGGACAAGACCGGCAUGGCCAACGGGGAGGCCUCGCCAGACGGGAGGAGGCGUGUGCACCGGUGUCAUUUCAACGGAUGCCGGAAGGUUUACACGAAGAGUUCCCACCUGAAAGCACAUCAGCGCACACAUACAGGUGAAAAGCCGUACAGGUGCUCUUGGGAAGGCUGCGAGUGGCGUUUUGCACGGAGCGAUGAGUUGACCCGGCACUUCAGGAAGCACACGGGGGCAAAGCCGUUUAAAUGCAGUCACUGUGACAGGUGUUUCUCCCGGUCUGACCAUUUGGCUCUGCAUAUGAAGAGACACAUCUGAGCGGGUCAGAAAACGGUCGAGGGGAAAGUCAUGCCUCCUGCCCAGAUUCAAGGUUGACGUGCCCUGAGUGGAGGGGGGGAGUGUGUCCCAGCCAAAGCGUGCCAUUUUGCACCAUCCUCAGUGCCUGCAGGAUCUCUUUGAAGAAGCUGUCGUGAAGGUUGUUGAAAAAAAAAAAAAAGAUAUAAAAAAACAAAAAAAAAAACACAAAAUGGUGUAUGAAGCAGAAAAGCGCGAGGGGGAGAUAUUUUUUAAAAAAUGAAAGAGAGGAAAAUGUGUGUGUAUGGUGCAUGAUGUUCUUGGACACUUGCGUUGGUACUGAACCUGUCCGGCCUCCGAGACGUCUUUUUUUUGCGAGCCAGCGAGCGAGCGAGCGCGUGCUCGGAGAAUGCUUGGCCUGGCGGAAGUCCUUGUGCGCGACGAGGUACCAGCGGCGCUUUGGGCUGAGUGCUGGAGAGGAACAAGUCCCUGUGUUUGUUCCCUUGUGGUCGUGAGUAGAAACCCAGUCUGCGUGUUGGUGAGUGCAGCAGUGAGCAUGGACCUGGUGGGGCGGGGGAGGUUACUGUCAAGCACCUCCUGUAAAGGAAGGCGGAUGGGGGAGAGGGGGAGACCCGGAUUCUGACUUGGGUGAAAUUGGCGGCCCCCCAUCCUAACGAAGGCGACCCGUUCCUGAAUGAGAGGGGCUUUUUUUGGUGUUUGGUGCAGCUACUAAAUGUGCAAUGUGUUACGUAGCCUGUCUCACAGGCUACAAAGCUCAUUUGUAGUCCAUUGUAUAAGCUGUGUGCUUAGAGAUAUAACACAACUAUAACUUCAGUAUAAUAGACCGGUGUUGCAUGGUUCUAGGGUUUGUACACUUCCUGUUGUCUGUAAUCAGGACUGCAAAUAGAUUCCAAUAAAGUGCAGCUACAUGCAAUGGGUAAUUGUUACAAUAUUGUACAUAAAGCCUUGAGUAUUUUUUAUUUUAUUUUAUUUUUUUGUUUGGAAAAAACCACUAUGGCUUAGCAGCUGAUUUGCUCAUGAAGCAUUUUUCUUUCACUUAUUUAUGCCUUGGAGACUAAUUUUCUCUUUCCUUCUUUUCUACCUGUUGAUGCACUGUUGACCUUAAUGGUGCCUUAUGCAAGUGACCUUGUCCUGUGGAACAGAACACUCCCUGGGGGGGUCACAUAUAGUUGUAUGGGUGAUUUGAAAAGCUUUAUUAAGGCUCUAUUUCACAUGAACUUGCACCUUGUCUUGUGUAUGGAGAUGGUUAUUAGGCCCUGUGGCUUUUAAACGCGUCUUUAGUUUAGCAUCCUUGUCUCACCAUUAGUCAGAUAAUAUCAUUUAAUGCAGCACCUAAUCAUUUUUUAAAAACAAAUUUAGAUUCAAAUCAAGUUAUGUUCAAGAUGCAGAAAGAUCUCAAAAUUUAUUAUGUAGAGCACUUAAUAAAAUUGAAAUGUAUUUACUACUGUGUAGUAUGUACUGUAAUAUAAGUCAUUUUACACGAUAUGUGUUCAACAAAAUUUCGUUUAAAGGUACAAAACCCUGAAAAACACGAGAAAAAGGGUGUUGUCAUUUUUUUGUUUGUAUAAUUUUGUUUUUGUUGUGCCAAGUGUAAUUGUUGAGAAAAUGGAGCUGCCAUGACAAUGGGUGUUGUUUUAAUUUAAACGACAAGACAUAUUCUUUGCAGCCCAGACUAAGGAAAAACCUGAAGAUCCAUUGAAAUGAACAGCAUAUGGCUGGACAGGCCUCUUUAAUAAAUUGCUAAAGGCUUUGCUGGCACAGAAUCUGUUGCAGACUGCUGACUCUGGAAGUUGGUUAUUGACCUGUCUGGAGCGUGUUGUUUUAGACCAGCUAUUAUGAAAACGGCAAACAGGAUUCCAGAAAGAUAAAGAAUUGCCCUUUGAAAUGAUUCAGUAUAAACUGCAGAUGCUACAUUGAAUAAAGCAUGUACAUCUGAGCCAGUGUCUAUGUGUGUAUAUUGUGAACAUAGUGAACAGUUUAAGAUGUUUAUAUUUUGCAGGGUAAUGGACCAAAAAUAGCUUGUUUUUGUAAAUUAUAUAAAAUGCGAUUAAUGGUUGUACUUCUUUGAAGUUGGAUUAAAAACAAAACGGUUGCAUUUGAGUGACCAAAACAAAAAUGUAAAAACAUUCUGUUGAGUGUCAAAAUCGUACCAUGAUUUGUUGGAAAGAGAUGUUGACAUUAUUAACAAAUUCACUGCAACCAGUGUUGCACACAGUGCAAGUUACAGAUCAGUUGCUAAAUGGCAUAAGAACAAACUUGAAGCAGCUUGCUGCAGUCAGUCUAACACGAGGGUUUUGCACUGGCAAAUUAACAUCUUUUGGUGAAUCAGCAGCCAAUAACAUUCAGGUGGUAAUCGAGCCUUAAUGAAGCCCCAUGUUUGCUUGCAAUUUAACCAACAAAUGUUUUUAUUACAGAUUUUCAUUCUCUGAAAAUUCCCUGUUAUCUAAUGUAUCUUUGUAAAAAAAAAUAAAGUUUUGUAAGUUUUUUCCAUUAUUUUAUUUUAUUUUUUUGUUUCUUUUGUUUCGCUUUACAGAUUUUUAUUUGACAUUGCUUUGCAAAAUUGUUAUAUUUCUGUAUGAAUGUAUUUUUUAUUGGAAUAACAAAAAAAUUCUUAUCAGA